AUGGCGGAUCAGCUCACCGACGAUCAGAUCUCCGAGUUCAAGGAGGCCUUCAGCUUGUUCGACAAGGAUGGCGAUGGUUGUAUCACCACCAAGGAGCUGGGGACCGUGAUGAGGUCCCUGGGCCAGAACCCUACAGAGGCAGAGCUCCAGGACAUGAUCAACGAGGUGGACGCUGAUGGGAACGGGACCAUCGACUUCCCGGAGUUCCUGAACCUGAUGGCGAGGAAGAUGAAGGACACCGACUCCGAGGAGGAGCUGAAGGAGGCCUUCAGAGUCUUCGACAAGGACCAGAACGGCUUCAUCUCAGCUGCUGAGCUCCGCCACGUGAUGACCAACCUGGGCGAGAAGCUGACCGACGAGGAGGUCGACGAGAUGAUCAGGGAGGCUGAUGUCGACGGCGAUGGCCAGAUCAAUUACGAGGAGUUCGUCAAGGUCAUGAUGGCCAAGUAA